GGUCGGCACCCUGCCACGCCCGUAGUCAACUCAACUGUGGGCUGAAUUUGAGCUCGAGUCGGACGCACCAAGAGGUCAGAGCCAGAGCGAACUGUUUGUUCACUUUCACCCAAUCCGGAUACGUGAGGUUCCGCCUCCCCAUUUCCUCCGCCGCGGCCACUUCCUAAGUUCCACCUCCACCCUCCGCCUCCUACAACGACAACAACAAUGGCCUCCUCUGCUUGUUCUACAUCUCUAUCUGCUCUCAGAUGCUCCCCCUUCGUCCUCGUCCUCCCCUUUCCUCGCCGUCGCCUCCGCGCCGACCCGCUCGCUCAAACCUUUCCUCCUCCUCCUCCUCCUCCUCCUCCUCCUCCUCUUCUCCUCCGCCCUCCUCACUCUCUCCUCCCAUCUCCUCCUAUACGAGCUUCCUUUUCGGUCGCCGUUGACAAUCCCACACAUCGAGAGCUCGAAGAAGAGGAGGAGGAGGAGGAGGAGGAGGAGUCCGGGGCGAAUCGGCCGUUGGUCGAGCCGUUCUCCGAUCCGACGGCUGCGGCGGCGGAGGAGAGGGAGAUGAGGUCGCUCCCCUCGCCCGAGCUCGAGGCGAUAGAAUUAGAGGAUCUGCCGGAGCAGUGGCGGAGGUCGAGGAUCGCGUGGCUCUGCAAGGAGCUGCCUUCCUACAAGCACUCCACCUUCGUCAGAAUCCUCAACGCCCAGCGCAAGUGGAUCACCCAGGACGACGCCACCUACAUCGUCGUCCACUGCAUGCGCAUCCGCGAGAACGAAGCCGCUUUCCGGGUGUACAAAUGGAUGGCUCAGCAGCACUGGUACCAUUUUAGUUUUGCCCUUGCUACGAAGCUGGCCGAUUACCUGGGGAAGGACCGGAAAUUCGCAAAAUGCCGAGAAAUGUUCGAUUCAAUAAUCAACCAGGGCCGCGUCCCCAACGAAUCCACAUUUCAUAUCCUGACUGUUGCUUAUCUUAGCGCCCCAGUCGACGGCUGCCUUGAAGAAGCGUGCUCGAUUUACAAUCAGAUGAUCCAGUUGGGUGGCUACAGCCCACGACUUAGUUUGCAUAACUCUCUGUUCCGAGCACUCGUAAGCAAGACGGGAGGGACAUCGAAGCACUAUCUCAAACAAGCCGAAUUCAUAUACCAUAAUCUUGAAACCUCUGAUCUCGAGAUAAAUAAGGAUAUAUAUGCUGGUUUGAUUUGGCUCCAUAGUUAUCAAGAUGAGAUUGAUAUAGAGAGACUAAGCGCUCUUAGAGAAGAGAUGAGGCAGGCCGGCAUCCAGGAGAGCAGAGAUGUGCUUGUUUCCACCAUGAGGGCUUUCUCCAAAUUAGGAGAUGUGGACGAGACAGAGAAAGCAUGGCUGGAACUACUUCGGAUUGGUUGUGAUAUUCCUUCGCAGGCUUUUGCUUGUCGAAUGGAGCUCUAUUCUAAGGCUGGAGACCCGGUGAAAUCACUGGAAAUAUUCAAUACAAUGAAGGAGCAAGAGAUACCUUUGACUAUUGCAGCUUACCAUAAGAUAAUCCAGAUUAUGUCCGAAGCUCGGGAGAUUGAAACUGCAGAAAGCCUAAUGGACGAAUUCACUGAAAGCAGUAUGAAGCAUCUCAUCCCCGCCUUUCUCGACUUGAUGUAUAUGUAUUUUGAUUUGGGCAUGCAUGAGAAACUGGAAUCAACGUUCUUGAAGUGCCUGGCACGAUGCCGACCAAAUCGAGUCGUUUAUAACAUUUAUUUGGAAUCUUUAGUAAGAGUUGGCAACAUUGAGAAGGCUGAGGAGAUAUUCAAUGAAAUGCACUCCAAUGGGACGAUUGGUUCUAAUGCUAAGUCGUGCAACAUUAUUUUAGAAGGGUAUCUUGCUGCAGGAGAAUAUGCUAAGGCUGAGAAAAUUUAUGAUAUGAUGCGGCAGAAGAAGUACGACAUCCAGCCCGAUUCUUUGGAAAAGCUUCAAAACGGUCUCAUCCUUAAUAGGAAGGUGGUUAAGAAGACGGUUAGCAUGAAGCUGGACCAAGAACAGCGUGAGAUUUUGAUCGGUUUGCUUCUUGGUGGUGUACAGAUAGAAUCCGAUGAGAAGAGAAGGAACCAUGUUAUCCACUUUGAGUUUCGUGAAGAUUCGGAUGCCCAUUCUGUGUUAAAAAUGCACAUCCAUGAACGGUUCUAUGAAUGGUUGACUUCGUCGAGUAGGUUAGUAAAUGAUGGUAGUGAAAUACCUCAUAAGUUUUCCACUAUUGCACACUCCUACUUUGGAUUCUUUGCAGACCAGUUCUGGCUUAACGGGCGACCGGUUAUACCCAAGCUUAUUCAUAGAUGGUUAUCGCCGCGAGUUCUGGCUUACUGGUACAUGUAUGGGGGUUUAAGACUCUUAUCAGGUGAUAUCGUGCUCAAGCUUAAGGGUGACAAAUUCGAAGAUGUUGAAAGGAUUGUCAAGUCAUUGCAAGCAAAGUCCAUAGCCUGUAAAGUCAAGAGAAAGGGUAGAGUGUUUUGGAUAGGUUUCCAAGGGGCCAAUGCAGACUGUUUCUGGAAAUUGAUAGAACCUUACAUCUUGGACAAUGUUAAAGAGGCAAUGACACAGGAUAAUAGUGAGUCAAGUGAGGAAGAAGGGCAGUUCGGUGGUUCUAGUAUAGAGUCAGAUUGUGAAGGACGGAAGUCUAUCGAGGAGCUACUAACAAAAUAUUGAAGGAGGAUCAACACACUCGAAUAAGAUUUCAAAAUGAAUUUUUAGCUUUGUGGCAUAGAAGUUACAUCCCUCAAUGGUGCAUAGUUGUUUCUGGACACAGAAUUCCCAGUGUUAGAUUGGGGCUAUCCUGGGACCAGGAGUUCCCUAUUCUUAAUAAUAAUAUUCAAACCGACUUGUACUUGCUAGAUAUCCGGCUAUGUGAACUCUUGUAUUGUAAAUUAAAAUCGUUCGUCUGAAUUUUGUUUUUUGUAUUAGUUA